CUUCCGGGUACUAGCAUGCUACUCGUAGCUGUGUACAGAUGAAAGAUGGGAAAAGAUGAUUUUAGAUGUAUUGAAUGUAACGAAAAAGCAGCGGAACUCCACAGGGAUUACAGCAACGGGAUCCUGAAGAUAACAAUAUGUGAGUCCUGCCAGAAGCCAGUGGACAAGUACAUUGAAUAUGACCCAGUCAUCAUCCUCAUCGAUGCCAUUUUGUGCAAGACACAGGCUUUCAGGCACAUUUUGUUCAACACAAGACUAAAUAUCCACUGGAAGCUGUGUGUGUUUUCCCUGCUGUGUGAAGCCUACCUCAGGUGGUCCAUGCUCCAUGGCUCCGAGCAGAGCAGUGACCCUGCUGAUAUAAUCAGAUACACAAAGGAAUGGGAAUUCUACGGCAUGUUUGGAUUGGCUGCUCUUGAGCUGUCAGCGUUCUGUGGCGGAGUGCUGUGUUUCCUUUGGGUGGUGGUCUGCUGUCUGCAGGGUGAGACCAUGGAGCUCUGCCUGCUCCUCAGAGCCCUGCUGUUGUCGUGCUACGGCAAAGUCCUCCUCAUCCCCGCUGUCAUCUGGGAGCACGAUUACUCCCCGCUCUGCCUGGGCCUCAUCAAACUAUUUGUGCUCACCUCAAAUUCACAGGCGAUCAGAGUGAUCCUGAACAGCAGGAGACGUCUGUCGCUGAUGGCCGUUUGUGUAGGCCUGCUGUCGGAGACCUGCGUGGCUCAGGCUUGUAAGAGGCUUUCGUGGAGCAUCCAGGACACGUUGACAUUUUAAUGAGAUGGAAGUGUCACCUGUCUCAGGGAGGAAUGAGUGACCAACAUCAUGGACUUUCUACACAUGGGAUUCAAGAGGGGAAAUGUUCAAAGCUGAAUUCUUCAAGUUCCUUUCAACUGUUUUGCUUUUGCUGGCUAGUAAUGCCAGCCAUGUGUUUUGUGUUUAUUUAAAGGUAUGAAACACAUCUCCUCCUGUGUGCUAGAAACCUGACUGACACUGCAUGUCAAAAAAAGGCCAGAUCCAUGUUGAGUUUAUGUGAUACAACAUGACAGACUGAGAAUUUGUGCUCUCCGUAGAGGCAAAGAGACAUUUUCAUACAGGAGAAAUGUUCUCAUUUGGUUUUAAUAUGGAUAACCUGGGGUACAUUGUGCAAAAAAAGUCACAGAGGGAGACGAAUGUCACUCAGACAUCUCCUGAUCCAAGCUCCUGUUAAACAUGCUCCAGUUCCUGAGCCACUCUUGAGGAAUGACACAAACACAGACCCCGAGGUUGUAAUUUGACAACAGCUACUUCUCAGUUUGGGCACGCAGCAGUCCUCACAUUCUUGAGCUAAUUGGUAAACUGUUUGCCAAAAUUAACCUAAACACACUUAUGGGAGCGUACAGGAACAGGGUGACUUUGCAGGUAUUUAUUGCAGCGUUGCUGAUGAGAGAACUGCUCAUGUAGUUCCAACCAAGAUCCAGUAUUUUGUUUUGAUGAUGUUAUUGGGAUUUUUGUCAUAAUUGACUAGUAUAGCAAAUAUUUUUAACGGUGUUUUUUAAAUAACAAUAUUGAAAAUGUCUUUCAUGUGUUCAGAGCCUACUAUGAUGUGAGUGAUCUGAUCAACACUCCAAUGUCCCCAAGUAAUCAUUUAGAAACAAUACUAGAAGCGAAUCUUACACUUUUGUGAGGACAGAGCCGGUGAAAUUGCAUUUUAAAAUAUGUGUCAUUAAAUUUAAAUGCACGAUGUUUGAAUCAUGUGGCUUCAACGCACAGAAUGUGAAAUCCUCAGAGAUCAAGCUGCAGGAGAUCGCUGCUAUCACACGUGUGAUGUGAAAUGAUGGUAAAAACAUGUUGACCAGCUGCAGUUGGAACGCUCCACUAAACCUCCGCCUACUGUCGCUGGAAUGUGUCUGGAAAUAAACACAGACACAUUCCAGACACAUUGUGUGUUCUGUUGUUAAAUCAAUAAAACAAACUCUGAAAUGAGA